UUUCCUUUUCAAAGGCCCCGAUGUAAUGUAGCUGAAACUUAAAAUCACAGUGGAAGAUGCAUCGUUUUUUCCUGUACGCUACGCUACACACGAUCACAAAGUGAGAGUGAGAGUUUCCACGUUCAGUUCAGCGACGAAGACGAUUGCGAAAUUUCAAAAUCCUUCAAUCCAUUUUUCUGGAGAACACGAAUUUUCACAAUCAACUCAAGUUACAAUGAAAUCACGGUUAUGGUUGAUCAUUUUGUCCCUCGCAGUUAACUCAUUGGGAUCUGAGUCAGAAAGAACGGACGUCGCAUACGCGAGUCUGUUAUACGGAGAUGAAUUCUUGUUAGGCGUUAGAGUUCUCGGCAAAUCGAUACGCGACACUCGAUCCAGUAAAGAUAUGGUUGUUUUGGUUUCAGAUGGUGUUUCUGAUUACGCCAAUAACCUCCUCAAGGCUGAUGGAUGGAUAGUUGAGAAAAUUAGUUUACUGGAAAAUCCUAAUCAAGUUCGUCCGAAGAGAUUUUGGGGUGUUUAUACCAAGCUCAAAAUAUUUAACAUGACUGACUACAAGAAAGUUGUAUACCUUGAUGCCGACACUAUUGUCGUUAGAAAUAUUGAAGAGCUUUUCAAGUGUGGAAGAUUUUGUGCUAAUUUGAAGCAUUCUGAGAGGUUGAAUUCAGGAGUCAUGGUUGUGGAACCAUCGACGGACCUUUUUAAUGAUAUGGUGAGCAAAGUCAAAACUCUGCCAUCUUAUACUGGAGGGGAUCAGGGAUUUCUUAAUUCAUAUUACUCGGGAUUUCCUAAUGCACGUGUUUUUGAGCCAAAUUUGAGCCCGGAAAUUUUGAAUACUAGACCAGUUCCUGAAAUGGAGCGACUUUCCACCCUAUAUAAUGCGGAUGUUGGUCUCUACAUGCUGGCUAACAAGUGGAUGGUAGAUGAGAAAGAACUCCGUGUGAUUCAUUAUACUCUAGGCCCUCUUAAGCCUUGGGACUGGUGGACAUCUUGGCUUUUGAAACCUGUUGAUGUUUGGCAGAAUGUAAGGCAACAGUUGCCGGAAUCCCUUCCUGGAACCAGAGGGGGACAAAACCCUAAAGACAGUUUUCUUGUGAAGUUUCUUUUUCUGCUACCACUUUGUGCUGUACUCUUCUGUUGUUAUCGUUCAUUUCAAAAGAAUCAAGGGUACUUUGGUCCCUGUUGUAGAAGCUCAAUGUGGGAUCAUGUCCGACACUUUUAUUAUAGGAUUAAAUCAGGUGGCUCACUUUCUUAUACUGCCAUUUCAACUUCUACAGUUGGUUCCACCCAUCAGCUCUUAAACGGUUCUCAAUACAAGAUGCCUGCAUAUUUAGGCGGUGUUUCUGUUUGUGUCUGUCUUAUGGCUGCGGUGGUGUCUCUUGGACUAACUCUUAUGAUAGUUCCUCGGCAAGUGACUCCGUGGACCGGUUUGCUUUUGAUGUAUGAAUGGGCAUUCACAAUCUUCUAUAUAUUAUUUGGAGGUUACCUCAGCUUGAUUUAUCAUUGGGGAAAGAUCACGGCAUCACGAGCUCCUUCCUCAUUCUCUCAGCCUGAAUCUUCGGAUGACGAUUCAGGAAAACGCCAUCCGCGUCAGAUAUCAUCUUGUGAUGCCACUACAUGGUUCUAUGGAUUAGGGAUGGCCUUCUUGGCCAUUGUUGCUCCAUCUUUGCCUUGUCUUUUUGGAAUUACCGCUUUAUUUCUACGGUUAGGUUUGAUGAUUGUUGGGGGUAUAAUAUUAACAUCGUUCAUGACAUACGCCUCUGAACAUCUAGCUAUGAAAUCAUUUCUGAAAGGCCUUGAAGAGAGAGAUAUUGCACGAAAUGGGAACUUGUGUUUCUCUUGUUGAUUGAUUUUUUCUAAACUUGUGUAACUUAUGAUACUUUAUUGUCCCAUUACCUUUAUUUUCAUGGAUCCAUUUAAGUAUUCAGUUAAAGUUCCAUACACAACCCUUGUAUUUGAUCCAGGCUUCGACUGGAUAAGCAAAGAUUGGCCGAAGAAAACUUCAACCAAUAUUUGAUUCUUGUAACUUAACCCUUAGACAGAGACUUAGAGGUAGUUGUUAUUGUAUUCAACUAACUUGUACCAUUAAUCUAGCGGAGAAAUGUUAAAUUUUGUCUAUCA